AUGUCAUUGGUCGCAUUCAUAGUUUCUAGUAGUUAUUUACAGAAAAUAAUUAACAAUGAUGAUAAUGUUAAGAUUAAUAAUUUCGUAAAUGAAGAAAGUAAAAGACCAACUGCCAUGAGUAGGUUUGGGAUUUUAAUAAUUGCGUAUGGGAUAAUCAGUGGUACAAUUGCAACAAUAGCCAGUUUAACAACUCCUUCUGCAAGUGUGGGAAUGUUUCUUUUAUGUAUAAUUACUAACUUUCUGUUAACUAUUUUUGCUAUAUACAAAUCUGCUGAUAUGGAUAAGCAGCAAUAUAUUCAACUAUCAACCAUGAACAAGUUACAAAUCAAAUUAGACAAUGAUUUUAUUGUUAAUGAUGAUUCAACCAUAAGUGGGAUGAUUAAUUUUGGACAAUGUGAAUAUAAUUUCUCACCAACAUCGACUUUAACUGGCUAUAUCAAUGGAUAUCAAGCAUUGGGUAAAGGCGAUCAUCAUUUAAUAGCUCAUGGUUAUAUAAGAUCAACAUACAAUGGAAGUACCUUGUCAAAUCCAAUAAUAUUCCUAACUUCGAAACAAUUUAAUCAUGUGAUAUUAGGGGCUAAUAAUAUUCUGUUAGAUAAUUUACAUGGCUUUGUUAUGAAUUUUGGUGAAUCAUCUAUGAGAGAUGAAAAACCGACUUGGAUAUCAUAUAACUGGGAAUAUGAUAAUGAUGAGCAUGAAUUCGGGGUCGAAGAUUGGUAUAAUAGUAUCAAAGUAUGGAAUGAUGAUAGUAAUGAUGAUGAUGAUGAUGAUGUGACAGGCUUAACUGAGUUUUUUGAAACUUCAAACUUCAACGGCCUAGGUUCCAAUGAUAUUGCUGUGGAUGGUGAUUCAAAGGGGUUAAUUCGGAUUAAUGCUUAUGGAAGCACUACCAUCUAG